AUGUCGAAAGAUCUGGGCGGGUCCGGCGCACCAAACAUUGCGAAAUUGAGCCUGGAGGACACCGACGAAGAUCUGUUCGCAAGCCCAGAGAGCGGCGCGACCACACAAAAGCACACUCCCAUCUCGACCAGCAAUGUCUCUGCUUCAGCUAAGCAGCAGGUACGACCGCUGUCUAAGCAAGAUGUCGAAGAAGCACGAAAUGCGCAGCUGCGGGCGGAGUUGGAGAAAGUGCGCGAGGUAAACAGGGUGAUAGAAGGAGUCACCGCGAGCUUGACCAAGGCAAAGGCACAUAUGGAGACGGUGCACAAGACUGUCAACAAUGCUUCGACCUUGCUUGCUACUUGGACUCGCAUCCUUGGCCAGACCGAGCACAACCAGAGGGUGAUACUCAACCCGAACUUUCAGGGUGCAUCGCAGGACCUCGAAGAUAUCGAGAACGAUGAGAUGAGACGACAACAUGAGUCUGAGAGGAAAGCCCUCGAGGAACAGCGGAGACGAGAGGAGGCGCAAAGAAAGGCCGAGGAGGAGGAGAGAAGAAAAGCUGCUGCUGUUGCGACCGGCACUCGUGGCGUGCGCCGGACGAGGAGUGUCAGAGGCACAUCUAGCUCCACUCGCGGCUAUGGCCGGGUUGACAGCCAAACGGGACGAGGGAGAGGCACUGGUGACACGCGAGGCACAGCUGCUAGCCGAGCGUCAAGUGCAGCAAGAGGGAGAGGGCGAGGAUUGGGAUGA